CGCCGCCGCCGUACAGCUCCGCGCGGCGCGAGCAGGUACGUGCGCCUCGGCAGCGGCUCCGGGCCGGGCCGGGAAGGAGGCGGGAGCCGGGGAGGGCGAGGCAGUGGUGGCCAGGCCCGCGCCCUCCGGGCUGCGCCGCAGCAGAGACCCCGGCGGGUGGGCGCCGGCUGCAGGGAGGAGGGCGGGCGCCCCGGGAGGACGCACCCUCGCCCGCCGGCCGCCCGGCGCCCUUCGCUGCCCGCGUGCCGAGGCAGGGAGGGAGGCCGGCACAGCUGCCAAGGGGCCAAGGGAUGAGCUGGGGCCCUCCUUCCCAAUGGCAUCUCCCCCUGGUCUGGAACUGAAGACACUGAGCAAUGGUCCCCAGGCCCCAAGGAGACCAUCUCCCCUGGGCCCAGCGGCCCCACCCAGAGAGGGUGUGGAGAAUGCCUGCUUCUCUUCAGAGGAGCACGAGACUCAUUUCCAGAACCCUGGGAACACCAGACUGUGCAGCUCCCCCAGUCCUCCAGGGGGCAUCCCCUCACUGCCUCGAUCCCAGCGGGACGAUCUGUCCCUACAUUCAGAGGAGGGGCCAGGCCUGGAGCCCGUGAGCCGCCCGGUGGAUUAUGGCUUCGUUUCUGCCUUGGUUUUCCUGGUGAGUGGGAUCCUCCUGGUGGUGACAGCGUACGCCAUCCCCCGAGAGGCCCGUGUCAACCCGGACACAGUGACAGCGCGGGAGAUGGAACGACUGGAGAUGUACUAUGCCCGCCUGGGCUCCCACCUGGACAAAUGCAUCAUAGCGGGCCUGGGGCUGCUCACGGUGGGCGGCAUGCUCCUGUCGGUGCUGCUCAUGGUCUCCCUGUGCAAGGGCGAUCUCUACCGCCGGCGGACCUUCGUCCCCGGCAGGGGCUCCAGGAAGACCUACGGCUCCAUUAACCUGCGCAUGAGACAGCUCAAUGGGGACGGGGGCCAGACCCUGGUGGAGAAUGAAGUUGUCCAGGUCCCAGAGACUAGCCACACUCUCCAGGUCUCUUAAAUGAGACCUCACCUUAUCUGGCUGCUUUAGCUGCAGGGCCACACGGCCCCUAAAGGCCGCAGGUUUCAAACUAAGCUCCACAUAGGGCCCCUGGAAGGAGUACGGGGUGCUGGAGGGAGAGCCCGGGGCCCGGCCCAGGCCACAUGUGGGCGAGCAGCCCAGUGAUCUGUUUUGUAGCUGAGGUUUUGCAUAAGGUUUUGUUCAGAAGAUGGCUUCUGCUGCUAAAAAUACAAACGUUUGGAAACUGCU